GCGAACGCGAAGCGCACUCGCACUCGAGCCAUGGACACGUGGCCCCUUCUCCUCGCCGCAAUCCCCUUCGUCUGGUUCGUCCUCAUCGGCGGACGCCGUGGCGGCGGCAAGAGCGGCGCACGGCGGGGCCGCCUCCCACCGGGUCCUCCGGCCGUGCCUUUGCUCGGCAGCACGGUGUGGCUGACCAAUUCGUUGGCCGACGCGGAGCCCCUCCUCCAGCGCCUGAUCGCGCGGCACGGGCCGGUCGUCUCCCUGCGCGCCGCGUCCCGCCUGAUGAUCUUCGUCGCCGACCGCCGCCUCGCGCACGCGGCGCUCGUCGAGAGGGGGCCGUCCCUGGCCGACCGUCCGGGCCUCGCGUCGGCCAGGCUCCUCGGCGACAGCGACAACCUCAUCUCGCGCGCCAGCUACGGGCCCGUGUGGCGCCUCCUGCGGCGCAACCUCGUCGCCGAGACGCUGCACCCGUCGCGCGUCCGCCUCUUCGCGCCGGCGCGUGCGUGGGUGCGCCGCGUGCUCGUCGACAAGCUGCGGGGGCACGGCGACGAGGCGCCGCGUGCCGUCGUGGAGACGUUCCAGUACGCCAUGUUCUGCCUCCUGGUGCUCAUGUGCUUCGGCGAGCGGCUCGACGAGCCCGCCGUGCGCGCGAUCGCCGCGGCGCAGCGGGACUCGCUGCUCUACAUGUCGAGCAAGAUGCCCGUCUUCGCCUUCUUCCCGGCGAUCACCAAGCACGUCUUCCGCGGACGUCUGAAGAAGGCGCACGCCCUCCGGCAGCGGCAGAAGGAUCUGUUCGUGCCACUGAUCAACUCGCGGCGGGAGUACAAAAAACAUGGCGGCGAGCCGAGGAAGGAGUCCACGUUCGAGCACUCGUACGCGGACACGCUGCUCGACAUCAAGCUCCCCGAGGACGGCAACCGCGCGCUCACCGACGACGAAAUGGUGAACCUCUGCUCCGAGUUCCUCAACGCCGGCACCGACACGACGUCCACCGCGCUGCAGUGGAUCAUGGCCGAGCUGGUGAAGAACCCAUCCAUCCAGUCAAAGCUCUACGAGGAGAUCAAGUCCAAGACCGGCGACGGCCAGCGCGAGGUCUCCGAGGAGGACGUCCACGGCAUGCCGUACCUGAAGGUGGUGGUCCUGGAAGGCCUCCGGAAGCACCCGCCGGGGCACAUGGUGCUGCCUCACAAGGCGGCGGAGGACAUGGAGAUCGGUGGGUACCUCAUCCCCAAGGGCGCGACGGUGAACUUCAUGGUGGCCGAGAUGGGCAGGGACGAGAAGGAGUGGGAGAAGCCAAUGGAGUUCAUCCCUGAGCGGUUCCUCCCCGGCGGCGACGGCGAGGGUGUCGACGUUACAGGCACUAGAGAAAUCCGGAUGAUGCCAUUCGGUGUCGGGCGAAGGAUUUGCGCGGGGCUCGGCAUCGCCAUGCUGCACCUAGAGUACUUCGUUGCCAACAUGGUGAGCGAGUUCGAGUGGAAGGAGGUUGCCGGCGACGAGGUGGACUUCGCCGAGAAGGUGGAGUUCACCACCGUCAUGAAGAAGCCUCUGCGCGCUCGUCUUGUGCCUAGAAGAACCUAAUCUAGAUCACCAUUGAUUACCAUCUUAGUACUUCUACUAGACAGUAGGUCAGUGGUACUGCAGUAUUAGUAGUACAAUAACCAGUGCUCGGAAUAAGUAAUAUACGAGUAUUUUUUUCUA